UGUUAUCUCACUCUGGUCCCCAGCAGUUGCCGAAGGGAGCACCGCCAAUUACUCCGGAAUGGCUGGAAAGCAUGUAAUUUUGGCGUACAGCGGCGGGCUGGACACUUCUUGUAUUUUGGCGUGGCUGGUGGAGAAAGGGUUCCAGGUGACGGCUUACUUGGCCGACAUUGGUCAAGAGGAAAACUACGAGGACGUUCGAAAAAACGCCACUUUACUCGGUGCUCGGGAAGUCAUAAUUGACGAUCUAAGGAGCGAGUUUGUGCGCGAAUUUGCGUGGCCUGGUGUUGCAUGUGGUUUGCAGUACGAGGGUCGUUAUCUGCUGGGCACCAGUCUCGCUCGGCCUGUGAUUUGCAAAGGUUUGGUUCGAGCCGCCUUAGAGAGGAAAAUUGGCUUUUUCGCCCACGGUGCCACCGGCAAGGGAAACGACCAGGUUCGUUUUGAGCUCGGAUGUGCAGCUUUGGCGCCUCACCUGAAGGCCAUUGUUCCUUGGAGAGAUGCCGAAUUCACUGGACGAUUUAAAGGACGGCAGGACUUACUUGCCUAUGCCAAGGCCAAAGGAUUUCCCGUCCCGGCCACCCCAGCCGCACCUUACAGCGUCGACAGCAACCUGCUUCACAUCAGUUACGAGUCUGGUGUGCUGGAAGACCCUUCGAUCCCUGCGCCAAAGGGCAUUUUUAAAAUGACUGUCAAUCCUGAAGAUGCACCCGACGACCCGGAAGACCUCGAGAUUUCAUUUGAAAAAGGGCUGCCAACGAGCGUCAAAGUGCUCCCCGACGGAGCAGAAGUGAGCAAAAGCCCUGUGGAGCUGUUCACCACUCUGAAUGUCGUGGCUGGGAAGCACGGAGUCGGGCGUAUUGACAUUGUGGAGAACCGCUUCAUUGGUCUCAAGUCUCGCGGAGUGUACGAAAGCCCCGGAAUGACUGCCUUAUUUUUGGCCCAUCUUGAUCUUGAAACUUUUUGCUUGGACCGUGAAGUUCUGAAGGCCAUGCGAGGCUUGAAAGACUCAAUGACGGACUACGUGUACAAUGGUUUCUGGUUCAGCCCUGAGUGUGAAUACGUGCGCGACUGUUUACUGAGGGGCCAGGCCGACGUGAACGGCAAAGUCAAACUGCGUCUCUAUAAGGGAUCCGUGUCCGUUUUAAGCCGCGCGCCUAGCAGCACAGGAUCACUUUACAACCAGGCUUUGGUUUCCAUGGACGAAGAAGGAGGCUUCACCCCAUCUGAUUCGACUGGAUUUAUCAAUUGCCACGCUCUCCGUCUGCGUGAAUAUUCCCGGUACAAAAAUUCCAAUUAAGAAAAAUUCUUUAGAAUAAAAUAAAAGACAGUGAGUUUAGUAUGA